AUGAGAACAGCCAGUGAAAUUUCCAAUCUUCAAGCCAAACAGGGCUGGAAAGACAGGUUAAAUCGACUGAAGCUUGGUACAAAAGUUUUAACUCAUAAUCUAACUUCACCAGCUUCUGCCAGUUCUAGAAAGAAUACCAGUUUAGACCAACCCAACCUGGACUCUGCUCUUUUCCUGAAUUCAUCUUUAGCACAGAACUCCUCUGCUCUCAGUAGAUCUUUUCCAGGCAAAUUUCCAGUAAAUCGCAAACGGGAGUUUAACAGGGCUUCUGGCUUCUCGGAGUGCUCCACAGUGCAAGAUUUAAUAUCUUGUGCCCACCCAGAACUGUCAGUCAGACCAAUUGCUGCCAGAUUUUUGAAACCCAAUGAGAAGGUUGAAGACACGCCACCAUCUGAGUAUGACAAUCUUCUUGUCUAUCGGGAAUCCACAAAUAGUAGUCUGGGUACAGUCUAUUCACCUCCAUGGGAAAUAAGCACAGCAAAUAAACUGAUAAGGGAGUCACCAGCACCCCUGUUGGCCGACAGCUUGCCUCCAGCUAUGGACAUCACAGAGAGGAUACAGCGAUGGCAGCUAGCAAGUAGCAGUUAUCAUCACAUAGAUGUCAUCAGUAGCUCACCUGUGACAGGAGAUACUAACAGUCCAAGUCAGACCCAUCUACAGGAGCAGCCUAAUCAUCAUCAUCAUCAUCAUCAGCAUGUUCUACAAAGGCAAAAGCUGCAACAACAGCUUCAGCAACAAAAAGGGCUACAACUGCAGCAGCAUCAGCAGCAAAAACAGCAUCAAAAGCAGUUGCAGCUACAGCAAAAUCACUUGCAGCAACAACAACAGCAGCAAUUGCAACAGCAACUUCUUGGACACCAGCAGCAAAUUAAAUCUGAAGAUAAGACCAAAGCUCAGGACUUUCAGCGUCAGAUAAGUGUUGACAGCCCACGAACACAGCAUUGUAACAGUCAUCACCUGCGGCACCCGGAGAAAGAUACAAGAAGACUGAAUCCUGCGGUUUCUGGUACAAGUAUGGCUUCACCACCAUUAUCACCACAGAUCACCAACACCGGGAACACCAACAGCUCACUGUUAUCACCACAUAGACUGUCUUCACACUGUCCUGACGUGGUCAACUGUCACAACACAGCCGUCAGUCAGAAUGUGAACAUAUCAACUGACAUUAGUAGAAACAAAGAAAACAAAGUUGUCCUUGAGAGAAGCACAUCAGACUGUGGACAGAUUUUAGCCAAAGAGACCUCUGGAUCACCAGGAUCACCCAAAGAGUGGAAAUCUCCAGGGAUAAAAAUCAGAGAAUACAUUUUUAAGUUGUCUGGUGACCGACAAACCAUAUUUGGCAGCACAAUUGAGAACUUUAUUCAGUGUACCUUAGAGAGUCAAGAGGCCAACCCACAGUAUGUCAUGCGUAAUGUCCGGCAGUUCAUGACGGGUAUUAAAAAUUACUUAGUAAAACAUGGAGAGGGGGAGCUUGAAAACUUGAUAGAGAGAGAGAGAAGUAAGCUUGGAAUUGAUGAGAUUUUAAACAUAGACGCAAUCAUUGAGCAAGCUCUGCACAUCUGUGUGCUGAAACCAUUAAAGUAUCACAUCUACAGACUUUGUGUGGAAAAGUAUAGCAAAAAUGGAGCGCUUGAACAACUGUCCAAGAAUAUCAAGUAUGCCAGGACAAAAUCAGCACAAGAUAUUGGAGUACGAUCAGGUCUCAAGUUACCACAGAACAUAGACAUGGAAAUUAUAAAGCAUUACCUGGAUCUGAUGCAAAAGUCUUAUUCACCGCUUCAGAAACUGCAGAAUCUUCUGAAUGCAACGUCCACCAUUUAUCACAGUGUCCAAGGAAGCAACAAACAGACAUCGACUAGAUCUUCAUCUAUGGGGGCCGAAGAUUUUUUGCCGAUCCUCAUCUAUGUCAUUGUCCACUGUGGCCUUGUGUCUGCUGAGAUUGAGGCUGACUUCAUGUGGGGCCUGCUGCAGCCAUCUUUAUUGACUGGAGAAGGCGGCUACUACUUAACAACCCUGUCAAGUGCUGUUCUUAUACUGAAAAACUUCCAGGAAACACACCAGCUGGCACCUACUCAGGUUGAGGGCAAGUUACCCACGUUGUCAGACAUGCAGGGUUUCCUGAAGAUUGCCAUCCCAGAUGAACUGCAUGGCUCUAUUGUGUGGAAGACUCUACCCGUUAGACCUAACAUGAACACCAGGGACGUAUGUGCAAUGGUUGCUCACAAGUUCAAGAUCACAAAUCCUCAGGACUAUGGGCUUUUUCUAUUAUGUGAUGGCUUUGAGAGUCACAUGGCCGACGCUGACUGUCCCCAAAUUAUCAAGGGAGAUAGCCUGGCAUCCGGCAAGUCUUGCCACUUUGCAUUUAAGAGACUGGAUGCCAACAUUGCAUGGCCCAAGCAUAUGAAACAUUCUCCGCCCAAGUAA